ACCAAUCUCGCCAUCGAGAUCAGAGAGCAAGGGCGGCGGCGAAGCGAGGGAGGAGCAACUCGGCGUGGUCGUCGUAGCACCACCGUAGCAACUAGCAAGCAGCAGCGCGAUGGCAUCGGCGGGUUCCGUCGACGAGACGGCGGCCGCGGCCACAGCCACGGCCACCGGCACGAUCUUGCUCAUCAGCUCGGACGGCGAGCGCUUCGAGGUGCCGGAGGAGGCGUCGAACCUGUCCGAGACCAUCCGCCACAUGAUCGAGGACGGCUGCACCGAGGGCGGCGUCCCGGUCCCCAACGUCACCGGCAGGAUCCUCGCCAAGGUCCUCGAGUACUGCAACAAGCACGCCGCCGACGCCGAGUCGAACAAGGAGGAGCUGGACAAGUUCGACAAGGCGUUCGUCGACGAGGUGAAGGCCGACCAGGCCACGCUGUUCGACCUCAUCCUGGCCGCCAACUACCUCAACGUCAAGGGGCUGCUGGACCUCACCUGCCAGACGGUCGCCGACAUGAUCAAGGGCAAGUCGGUCGAGGAGAUCCGGCAGACCUUCAACAUCAAGAACGACUUCACGCCGGAGGAGGAGGCGGAGAUCCGCAAGGAGAAUCAGUGGGCCUUCGAUUAGAUUUAGAGGCCGCCGCUCCGGCCGCCGUGCGCGCGACCUUUUGCUACUAUGCUGCUAUGUUCAUUCCGUUUAUUUAGUCCAUCAGAUUGCUUCUUUAAAAUAGUUAUUAUAAUUGUUUCUUAAUUCUUAAUGUACUGCAACACCUAAUAGCGAAUUAAAAUAUUAUUA